AUGAGGGCUAAGAAUGCGAGUGUGGCGGAGGAACUACUGGAGGAAAGAAUUUCAUCGUUACCGCAAAAGCAGCAGGCCAGUGUUCGCGCAUGCUUCCAAGCUUCAAAAAGAGCCAGUAGGAAGGGCAUGUGCUACAAUCAGGAAUGGAUACUUGAAUGUAUCCUGAAUAAACUGAAAAGCCCUCGACUUUAUCAGCACAUCAGAAAGAACGAGAUCCUCGUAAUGCCCAGCAAGACCACUCUGAAAAGGUACAUGAAGUCAUAUCGGUCGACGUUCGGUUUUAAUGUCAAAGCAUUGGGCAUCAUAAAGAAAAAAGCCAGCAGCAUGACAGACCUCGAGAAACAUGGUGGAUUGCUGGUAGACGAAAUGAAGUUAUCAGAGCAUUUCAGUGUGACGGCCUCUGGACAAAUUCAAGGUUUUGUUAACCUCGGAGAAUUCACAAGGCCCGAGGACCGGUACCAGCAGUGUGAUCACGGGAUGAUCAUUAUGUUUGUUCCAUUCGCAGGAAAAUGGAGCCAGAUUGUUGGCGUUUUUGCUACCAAAGGAAAUGUUAAAGGAGAUAUGCUGCUGAAAAUUCUUCUUGAAGCAGUGAUCCUAGUUGAACAGGCAGACUUGUUCGUUGAUCACAUCACGUGUGACGGGGCCUCUUGGAACCGGAAGAUGUGGAGACUAGCUGGAGUUUCCGCGUCUUCUAAAGAAAUAAAAUGUGCUAUACAGCACCCUGUCAACGAAAAGAGGAAACUGCACUUCAUCUCCGAUUUUCCCCAUCUGCUUAAAUGCCUGCGAAACGGGUUACUCAAGAAUGGCUUUACCACACCAACGGGAAUGGUAUCCGUGCGGCCAGUUCGGGAAGCAUAUCUACGGGACUGCAGCGUACGGACACUUAAAGUAAUGCCAAAGUUGACUGAGACACACCUGGAUCCAAACUCGUUUGAGAAGAUGCGAGUUACGUCCUCGUCCCAAACGCUACAACGUGUCCAGCGUCACAACCCGCUUUCGGACCACGUUAGCCGGCUGUCGUCGGUCAGUGCAGCCGAGGUGGCUGCCAUGAUUCGAGACGCUGUCAGGAGCAUUCGAUACAUUGACGCCUUCGUGCAAAUGUCCUGCAUCGUCAGACACCACAUCGCCUGCCAUUCUCGCGACAAUUCCCGUCUCCAACCGGACGGCCUGGCGGAGGAUUGCUGGUUCCUGCGUCACAGCACACUCCAGGAGUACGUUGCCCGGCGGUCGUCGGUCAGUGCGGCCGAGGCAUCCGCCAUGAUUCGAGACGCUGUGAGGAGCUUUCGAGACCUGGACGCGUUCAUGCAAAUGGCCGACGUCGUUACGCCCCGCGUCGUCUGCCAGUCUCCCGAGGAUUCCCGUCUGCAAUUGGAUGGCCGGAAGGAGAAUUGCAUGUUCCUCGUGAUGCCAUACCUGAUGCCCGAAUACAUCAAGCUACACUUACUCAACCGCCCACCUCGUGAGACGCUGUUGGCGUGA